CUGCAAAAGGGAGAUGUUUUUAUAUGUUCUGAUUAUUAAUCUGUUCUCCUCCGUGAUGUAGAAUCAAGCAAGAAUGGCAAUUGGCACUUGUCAAUGUCCUUACUGCAAUGACUUGUAAUGGAAUAAUUGUUUGGUCCCUUGCACCUUGUCGUUCAUAUGGGAAUACAUUCCGCUUUGACUUGGAAAAUACAAUUCAGAAACUUCCCAAUAAUAUUUUUGAGAAUAGCUAUCCUAUGAGAGAAUUUGACUUGCAGAAGAGAAUUUACUCUUUCUUCUACAAAGCAGCAGAAUUUUCUUUACUGGGACUAGCUGCAGGGACAAUUCAAGGUGCUAUAACAAAAGAUUUUGCUGCCAAGAAGGAGGGAAGGUUAUCAGUGACAAUUCCUUCUGCAAGUAGCAAUGCUCUUGGUUAUGGUGCUUUUUAGGAUUAUAUGCAAACAUGCGCUAUCAACUUUUAAAUGGGAUUGAUAGAACUAUGCUCAACCACUUCGAUGUUCUUGGAGUUGCAAUCUUCUUUAGUACAACAUUGAGGUAUUCCUAUCUGGCUGAU